CACCUAACUCCUUCAUAAACAAACCUGAAAAGAUCCGCUCUCACUCUUUUUCUUUCUUUUACACAGCUAAGGAUAAAGAUAAAGCUGGUUGGGUUGGGGGUUUUUUGUGUGUGUGUGUGGGGGAGACAGAUGUUCUAGCAGAAAUGGCUCAAGCAACAGAAAGGAGAGUAGAAAGCUCCACGUCGGCUUUCCCUGAAAUCAUCGAGCUGAAUGUCGGCGGCCAGAUUUACGUUACGCGGCACUCAACUUUACUCUCCGUGCCCAACUCUUUACUCUGGAGCAUGUUUAAAGAGCACAACUCGUCCCAGCUGACCCGGGACAGCAAAGGGCGCUACUUUAUAGACCGGGACGGAUUUCUGUUCCGCUACAUCCUGGAUUACCUGCGCGACAAGGACCUGGCGCUGCCCGAGUACUUCAAAGAGCGAGCGAGUUUGCAGAAAGAGGCUGAGUUUUUCCAUCUCCCCGAUCUGGCACGUCGUCUCCGGCCUCCUCAGGUCAGUAAGGAGAACUCUAUCGGGGAUGAGGCGUUUCACAGCGACCCGGAGGAAGCAGCGGUGUCGUGCGCCCUCGCCGGUGCCAGUGCCAGCGGCAGCGCAGCCAUCGGGCCGCGCUCUCCGACUCUGGAAGCGCGCAAGUUCGGCUACAUCACCAUCGGCUACCGCGGCUCGUACACGAUCGGACGCGACAUCCAGAACGACGCCAAGUUCCGCCGCGUCGCCAGGAUUACCGUGUGCGGCAAAACCUCGCUCGCCAAAGAGGUGUUCGGCGACACGUUGAACGAGAGCAGGGACCCCGACCGCCCCCCGGAGAGGUACACGUCCCGCUAUUACCUCAAGUACAACUUUCUGGAGCAGGCGUUCGACCGGCUGGCCGAGGUGGGCUUCCACAUGGUGGCGUGCAACUCCACAGGGACGUGUGCGUACACCAGCAGCGACCCCAAUGAGGACAAAAUCUGGACCAGUUACACCGAGUAUGUGUUUUGCAGAGAGUGAGGCGAAGUGGACCUGCUAUUCUGGUGUUGUUGUUGGAAACAGUGCCUAUUUCCAGCAGUUUAUAGCACAGCUGUACGUGUACUCUCAGAAAUGAAGGGCUUCUCAGCUCCAGUUCUGAGGACCCACGAACACCAUGACAAGCCAGAUCGACUACUUUCAUGAGUCAGAAGUGUGUCAGAAGUGGGGAGAAAUUGAGAACCACGGGUGAUGCACGGAAAUGAAGUUCGGAGGAGAUUCCAGGGCCGCAGGACCUAAGAAGACCCAAGGGAAGGAAAAUUGUUCAGUGUGUUAACCUGGCAGGGUGCCAAAAAUCUCUCCUCCUGCCUUAAAGUAUUUAAACGUAAAUCACAUCCACUUUAUUAGACAAAGGAUGCGUACUGCAGGUACUAAUGAUGUACUAAUGAGUAUACCACACUAUUGAGAAGAAAUGAUACAGUUUAGUAUCUUUAUUAUUUUUUUUUUUUUUUUGCCCUUGGUACAGCUCAGUACCUGUUUUUCCCAGUUUAGGCCUUGUAGAUGUGUGAUAAUAUCAGUCCACACCGAUUAGCAUAAAUACGUAGUGUGUUUGUCAGAAGUUUAAUGAUUAGCGAGCGUCAGCAGCCUUUGGCACUCGUGUUAUUAAGGUUAAACGAUUCAGCAAGGUUUGGUAAGAAUGCACAGGAAAAACCCUCUCAUGUUCUCAUAAGACAUGCAUGCAGGCAUGUCCAGACUUAGGUAGUUUCAGUUUGUCCAGGCAUGUGCAGAGAAUGUAAUGUUACCAGUUUGAGAAGGAAUGUGACUGAAACGUGGAGACCUGUUGCCUGACACGGAGGACAUGGAGGACACUGCUCCUCUUUAAACGCACUGCCAUUUCAUCUUAACAUCCCACUGACUUCUUUCCCGGUCGUUGUCCUUUUCUAAUCUCUCCCACUGGAUAUAUUUUUCCGAGUGGCGGCUGUCACUGUCUCACGGUGUUUUUCGAUAACCAGAGCUUCGGCUUCCUGUGUGAUGUAAACAGUUUUAGCUCACAUUGAAAUGGGUUUCCAUUUUGCUCUGCCAGAUAGCAACAGGACCCUAAAGAUAAGGCUGUUUCUGUACUAAACAACAGCUCUCACUCUGAAUUUUUAACCGACUCUUUCCGAUCUGAGCUAAAUGAUGUGAUUUGUUUCCUUUGCACUUGUAUAUUUGAAAUUCCUCAUGGUUUUCUUGUAUGACUGAAACAAUAAACUAAAUUUAAAAAGG